CCUAGUAUGGGGUUCCUCAGCAGUUCUCAUCCACGACUCCAUACUAGGACGAAACAGCCGUCCAGUGCUUCCAUAUUUUCUAUGGCGGUCUAGUUUAGAUUGACUCAUGAAUCCAACCGUUAAAAUCAAUUAAUUGAUUCCCAUUGAUUGCCCAUAAAUUACGUACAAUGCCCACAUUAUUAUAGCAGGAAAUAAAUAAUUAACUAACGACUUGAGAUCGGUGCACAUUUCAACCUCAUCACUAGUUUCAAUGGACUGAGAAAAGUCACUAUAUUGUUACUCAUUUUCUGCCAUCUUGUUUUCUCUUUUUAUAACAUUAUACUCUUGUGUAAAGUGUCUUGGAGGUCGUAUUAUGCACUGAUAAAAAGGUUUAUAUGUGAGUUAAUUUACGAAUAAAUAUUACGGGAAGUCUUUGCUCUUAUUCUUUCACAUACUUUUGAAAUAGCAAACUGCUUCCCAAUGCAUUCUUGAAAUUUGAGGUUGAUUACUCAUUUUAACUUAUCCAAGCUUACACCCAAAUAGUAUACCUUUUAAACAAGCAGAGAACCUAGUCGGUGACAUUUAUAAGAUAUAUAUACAGACAGAGUUCCUGUUGAGUGUUGUGACACUGAUUUUUCGAUCUUAUCUGGUUUCAAUUCCCUAGGGAGACGAGUCGUUGUUUGACUCAAAAGUCCACAAAUUGACGAUAUAGAAGAGAAAACCGAUUUGCAAUGAGUUUGGCAGAAAUUUAUCCCCGUAGGUACUUAAGUAAAUAAAUAAUCUCAAAAUUUUAUCCAAAAAUAUGUCUGUGCCUGUGAUUAACUGUGUUAAACGUUUCUUAACAUAGUGACGAAGAAUCUUUAAUAUUAUAUUUAUAAUUUUAAGCUGAGUGUACAGGGUCUCAAAAAUCAUCCCAUAAAAUUUUGCUCCUUGUUUUUAAUUCCCAAGUUCCUGCAAUACUCGAAAUUUCACACUUAGUCAUUUUGUUUGACUGAAAAUAUAUACUUAUUUUAUUUGUGGCUUCGGUGAUAUACGCUUGUACACGAAAAGAGAAGUAUGCAUUCGAACAAUGUUGUGUUAUUUGUUGUAUUUAUGUUAUAAGAGUACAGAGACCAAGCAAGAUAACAAAAUGUCAUCCUUACUGACUAACUGAAUCACUUAUCCUUUCAUGUAGCUAAUGUUUAAUCAAUUAGACACCUAAAUAAGGAAAAUCAAAUAAACGUUUCUCUCAAAAAAGUAACCGAACUCAUUGCCCAGUAAGUUUGAUAGGAUAAGUAAAUAAAAGAAGGGAUUUCACAAUGAAACCAUAAAGUCAUUCGCUGCUGAACGGAGUUGUUUAUAAAAGUGUAUUAGCUGGACAUGUUUUUUCACCCCAUUCUUCGACCACAAAUUUUUUCAUUCAACUUUUUAAUCAAAUUGGUAUGAUCGUUUUUCUUGUCCUCUUUUUUUCUGUCCCACUUUAAGGUGAUAACUUAAGCCAGUACAUAUUUGUGCCGUCUUUGGUUGUUUAAGAUAAAUUUUAUUAUAGAAAUUAGAGGUCGGUGUUACGACCCUCCGUUCUGUUUUGAAAUCAAAGUACUUAAAUUUAGCUUUUACAGUUCUUGUUAAUUCCCACAUGUGUUAUUUUGAAAUGUUUUGACGGCUAACAAGCUAAUAAAUUAUUCAAAACUUACGGUUAUUUCAGUCAUUUAGUGGACCAAACCUAUUUAUUAUUAAACCGAUCUAUUUAGUCUGUCAAAAUCAGUCAUCGUUUAAGUUUUCUCGAUUGCAUAUGGAUUAAUUAUUUUCAUAUUUACCAAUAUAUUCUCACUAUUAAUAGUUAAUUGGUGCCGCAAUACUAUGUUUUGCCGUAUAUUGUUAUGUGGAUUCAUUAAUUCAAAGUGCAGUAUCUCGUUCUGGACAUGCCGAUAAAAUGCAGAACUUAUUAUAUGCUCUUAUCGGCCUAGGCUUGUUAACGAUUGUUGUGGCUGUUUUUGGAUGUUGUGGAGCAUAUCAUGAAUCUCGCUGCCUACUUGGAACAUACUCUAUUUGUUUAACUAUUAUGUUCGGAGUUGAAAUAGCUACAGCAGCCCUGUGUUUAGUAUUUAAAGUUGAACUUCAUUGUUGUGGUAUCAACGGAAUGAAUGAUUAUCCAGGACUAACUGUCCCAUUAUCAUGUUGUAUUCCGAAGCAUCGAAAUUGUCCAGACAAAUCUGCCUCGUACACUAUAGGGUGUAAACAAGUAAUUAAUGAUUUGGUGAAAGAAAAAUUUCUCAUGGCAAUAAUCCUUAUUAUGAGUGUUCCAGUAUCAAAGGUUUCAACAAAUUGUGCAGGGUACCCAAACCAUGAUCUGUACAAGUGGAUUAGAAAGAAAAAACGGUAUAAAUGAACAAUAUUAAUGUACAAUAGGGAAUAUAAUUCAGAUAACAAUACAAUGAAAAAUUAAUUCUUUUAAUUAAAAGAGUUUCUUUCAAUUUUAUGAAGUUAAGUAAAAAAUUACAUCUGGAUCUCCGCUGGCCUCAAUUCUGAAAUAUAUACGAUAACGUCUCAAGUCAUCGAAUUACGCGAUGUCUAAAAUCUCAAGUGAAAAGUGGUGAUGGUCUUAAUCAAUAAAAUUCGUCCAGCUAAUUAAGGAGUAGAUAAGCAGGUUAUUGAUUACUAUUCAGUGUUUAAUUGAAAUGUUAAUAUCUCAGUCCUACAGAAGGUCAGUCACAUCCCGUGAUAACGUUUCAAACUCCGAAGCUUAGUGAUAUGCGUUUUUAGUCCUGAAAGGAGUUUCCUCAAUAUUACAAAUAAGCCUUACUUAUGAUUAUCAACUGGAACGAAAUCUUUAGUUGCGAUUCACUGACGCAUGCAAAUUUUAUACAAUCGCCUUUCAUAUCAUGGUACCAUAUCAUUGACUAACUACCUUUUUACACUCGAUCCCAAUCUCAGUAAAUAAUGCCUGAUUUGAAAAGCCCGUAUGAUAGUCGCGGACUAUGUACUUAACUCACCUAAUUCAAUAUUUCAAGAUGGUAACAUAUACAAAAAAAGAAUACUUAUAAAAUCACAAUCAGACGGGUAGAAAAUCCCGUUCAUCCAUACGAAAAGCAAAAACAUCUUACUAUGAAACAAAUACUUAUUUUCAGAAGGGGUUUGUGGAGAUUUUAGAAAUUUCACAGAUUGAAAUCAUGAGUCAAUCAAAGCUAGACCACCAUGGAAAACCUGGAAGCACUGGACAGCCGUUUCGUCCUAGUAUGGGACUCC